AUGUCAUUGAAGACCACAUAUGCUAAUACAGAACUAACACCUUUCUACGUUGGUGGUUCGUUAGCUUCAUUAUCUUCAGAUGGAUCUAUUCUUGUAUCUGCAGUUCUUGAAGAUGUUGUUAUAACAAAUUUAAUAACUAAUGAAGUUCAAGAAAAAUUAGAAGGUGAUGGUGAAAUUAUAACUUCUUUAGCAAUAACACCAGAUGGGAAAUAUGUUUGUAUGAUAUCUCAAUCUCAACAGUUGAAAGUUUAUAAUUUACAUGAAUCAAAAUUUAUUAAAAAUUUAAAAUUAUCUUCACCAGUUUAUGUUUCUGAUGUUGAUGAAACUUCUACUUUAUUAGCUCUUGGUGGUAGUGAUGGUGUUGUUCAAGUGUUUGAUAUUGAAAAUGGUUAUAUUACACAUUCUUUUAAAGGUCAUGGUUCCACAAUUUCUUCAUUAAAAUUUUAUGGUGAAUUAAAUUCAUCAAAUUGGAAAUUAGCAAGUGGUGAUACAAUGGGUAUGAUUAAAAUUUGGGAUUUAGUUAAAAGAAAACAAAUUGUUUCAUUACAAGAACAUAAUAAUGCUGUUCGUGGAUUAGAUUUCAAUAAUGAUGGAUCAAUAUUCAUAAGUGGUGGUCGUGAUGAUGUUUUAUUAAUUUGGGAUACAAAAUAUUGGAAAUUACGUAAAACUAUACCGACAAGACAACAAGUUGAAACUGUUGGUUUUAUUAAUACCCAAGAUGGUGAAUUAUGUUAUACAGGUGGUGGUGAUGCAAUUUUCAAAAUAUGGAAUCCAUCAACUGGUGAAUUAUUUACACAAUCUAAGAAACCAAUUGAAGAAUUAAUGAUUAUUGGAGUUUUACAUACUGAUAAUGAUGUUAUUUAUUUAGUUUUAUCUGAUCAAACAUUAUUUGAAAUUGAUUUAUCAACAUUAGAACAAAAUGAAGAAAUUAUAAUUUCCAAGAAAAUUGCAGGUAAUCAUGGUACAAUUGCAGAUAUGAGAUAUUGUGGUUCAAAUUUAAAUAAAUUAGCAUUAGCAACAAAUUCUCCAGGCUUACGUAUAAUAGAUCCAUUAGGAGCACCAUUAGAAGUUGAAAUCAUUGAAGGUCAUUCAGAUUUAUUAAAUGCAAUUGAUGUUUCAUCAGAUGGAUUAUGGUUAGCAACUGGUAGUAAAGAUCAAGAAGCAAGAUUAUGGAAAUUUAGUGAAGAUGAAGAAGAAUGGACAUGUUUUGCAGUUUUUAAAGGUCAUGUUGGUGGUGUUUCAGCUGUUGGAUUACCAAGAUCAGAAACUAAUGGAAUUGCACCAAGUUUCUUAUUAACUGCAUCAAAUGAUUUAACUAUUAAGAAAUGGAAAAUUCCAAAUCCAAAAAAUUGGAAUGGUGAAAUACAUGAAGUUCGUGCAUCUGAAUAUACAAGACGUGCACAUGAAAAAGAUAUAAAUUCAUUAGAUAUUUCUCCAAAUGAUGAAUUUUUCUCAACUGCAUCAUAUGAUAAAACUGGUAAAGUUUGGGAUUUAGAAACUGGUGAAACUAUUGGUGUUUUAAAAAAUCAUAAAAGAGGUCUUUGGGAUAUUAAAUUUUGUAAAUAUGAUAAAAUUUUAGCUACUGCAUCAGGUGAUAAAACUAUUAAAAUAUGGUCAUUAACAAAUUUUACAUGUUUGAAAACUUUAGAAGGUCAUACAAAUUCUGUUCAAAGAGUUGAAUUUAUAAAUGAUUCUAAACAAUUAGUAUCAAGUGGUGCUGAUGGAUUAAUAAAGAUAUGGGAUCUAAGUACAGGUGAAUGUAUUAAGACACUUGAUGCUCAUGUUAAUAGAAUUUGGGCUUUAAUUGUUAAGAAUAAUGGUGAUGAAUUUAUAAGUGCAGAUGCAGAUGGUGUUUUCCAAAUAUGGAUUGAUAAUAGUGAAGAAUUACAAGCUAAAGAAGAAGAAGAUAAUAAAUUGAAAAUAGAACAAGAACAAUCAUUACAAAAUUUUAUAAAUUCUAAAAGAUGGGGUGAAGCUUUCCUUUUAGCAUUAACUUUAGAUCAUCCAAUGAGAUUAUAUAAUGUUUUAAGAUCAAGUAUUGCAGGAAAUAAUUCAAAAGGUGAAUUCAUACUUGGUGAAGAAUUAGAUCAAGUUAUUGGAACUUUAAAUGAUGAACAAAUUAUUUUAUUAUUUAAAAGAAUUAGAACAUGGAAUGUUAAUGCCAAAUUUUUCCAAGUUUGUCAAAAACUAAUCAAGAUAUUAUUAUUAAAAUUUAGUGUUGAAAGAUUAAUUGAAAUUCCUGGAUUAGUUGGAUUAAUUUCAAGUAUUAUUCCAUAUAAUGAAAGACAUUAUGAAAGAAUUGAUGGAUUAGUUGAACAAAGUUUUAUAUUAGAUUAUUCAUUAGAAGAAAUGAGUAAGAUAUAG